CUUUGACGUCUGCAAAUUGAAUAUGUCAAAUUGUUAAUAAUGACCUUACGUGGUUUUUUGUUAUUAGAGUUUAGAAAUAUUAUUGCAAUACACGAUGAAAUCUAAAACAUCCGCAGUCAGUACAGAGAUUUUAUCGCGAAACAUACGCGCGAGUGAUCGACGCAAUCAUGUUGCUUAUAGGUAGGGCUAGCGAAACUGAAAACAUGAAGUGUGGUUUUAAAUGGAAAAUUAACUCAAAAAUGAUUGUAGAUAGAUGUAAAACUGUGCUAAUAUUAUCGAGCGUUGUGUGCACCCUUGCGGUUGUGAUAUCUCUGCACAAAUUGUUAAAUUACGAAGAAAAAUUUACAAAGCCAUUUGCGCCCAUACCAGAUGGAUUAUACGGUAACUAUUUGGAACCUAUUUCGGAAGAUAAUCCUAGUCCAGUGCCACAGAGAGCUGUUGACAAAACCAGAGAUGCAGAGGCUGUAGUUUCUUUAAAUGCUGCUUUAGAAAUGAAGAAGUUUGGCAAAGCAGAUAAAGCAUUGAAACUAUUUCAACACGCUUUUGCCUUGUCACCAAAACACGCUGACAUACUGAACCACUAUGGUGAGUUUUUGGAAGAUACAAAAAAAGAUGUAGUGAAAGCUGACCAGCUGUAUACAUUAGCUUUAACAAAUUACCCUGAUCAUACUGGAGCGCUCAUGAACAGGCAACGCACUGCCAGCAUUGUAGAAAAUUUAGAUAGAGAAAUGUUAAGAAAAAUAGAUGAAAAACGGGAUGCACUGUCAUCUAUACCUGAAAGUAAUUCAGCUUUACGGAGAGCCAAGAAAGAGGCAUAUUUCCAGCACAUUUACCACACAGUAGCCAUUGAAGGUAACACUAUGACCUUACAACAGACAAGGAGUGUGUUGGAAACCAGGAUAGCAGUGUCUGGGAAGAGUAUAGAUGAACACAAUGAAAUCUUGGGUCUGGAUGCCGCCAUGAAGUAUAUAAACUCUACAUUAUUGUACCGCCUAAGAGACAUAACCAUGGGAGAUAUAUUAGAGAUACAUAAACGAGUGCUGGGUCAUGUUGACCCUAUAGAGGGGGGUCAGUUCCGCAGGACACAGGUGUAUGUUGGGGGCCACAUACCCCCUGGGCCCUCAGAAAUACAGAGGCUCAUGACUCAGUUCCUGGAGUGGCUGAAUUCUGAAGAUGCCUUAGAUCUACAUCCUGUAAGAUACGCAGCGUUAGCGCAUUACAAGUUGGUCCACAUCCAUCCGUUCAUCGACGGUAACGGGCGCACGUCGCGGCUGCUGAUGAACCUGCUGCUCAUGCAGGCCGGCUACCCGCCCGUCAUCAUCGCGAAACAGCACCGGCAUCUGUAUUACCAACACCUGCAGACCGCCAAUGAGGGCGAUGUUAGACCUUUUGUUAGAUUCAUCGGGCAAUGUACAGAGCGCACAUUAAACUUGUACCUGUGGGCAACCAGCGAGUAUUCCCACAUGGUGCCCGCGAUCGGUGACCCUCACAUAUUGACAGGCGAGGGCUUCGACGACGACAUGCUGUGAACUUGACCCUGCCAACAAAGCCAAGGUCGGAAGUCAAAUGUUUAGUAAAGGCGCUCAUAAUGUCCAGUAUUGCCACUUCUCUGGUCUACUGUACGUACGUCUUGAUUGAUGCAUAUAAUGCACGUGAUAAAAUUGUGAAUCGUGCUAGCAUAUUUUUUUCGAGAAAUGUCUUAUGUAUUUAACUAUAGUUUUCUUGUAGCCAUUUUUAGAUUUAAACAAGUUAAGUGGGGAUUUGAUGGAAAUUAUUUAUUUAUUUGAAAGCUUAAAGCUGACGUGCGCGAGUAAUUUAUUAUGUUUUUUUUGUUGUUGCAUAUAAUUGUUGAUAGCAUAAUAGACUUGGAUAUUUUUUCUCCUACUAACUACCUGCCUCUUGUUUGAAACUCGUGACCGUUAACAUCGUAGCAAUGAGCACGAGACCUACUGAUAUAAAAACUGAAGGUUGGCACAAAUCUCUGUCAACAGUCAAAGAUGUACACCUAAAUCUAUUAAACACAGUAUAAUCGGACUACUACCCGUUAGGAUCGUUCUUAUCGAAAACCGUGUUUAGUUACAGUAUACGUACGUAUUAAAUAACGUUAUCGGGCUUUGGCAUCACGUAGUAUUAAUGCACCAAGACGUGAUGUCACAACUUAUGCAACGAGCGUCAUGUGUAUGUACAUAACAACGCCUUAGAAAUUGGACACGGAUUACCCAUAACAAGAAAUCAGUAUUUUCGUGUUUUAAAUAUUUGUAUUUAUUGUUCCGUUUGACAUUGUCGAGUUGUGUAGAAAACAGUACUUAACUGUGGUUUCUUAGGUUUACGCGAAUGUUAGACAUUGAAAUGAAACAACUGUUACGAAUUUUAUCGCGGUUUAA